AUGUGCAAAGAAGAAGACGAAGUAGUUCAAGAUAAGGACCAAAAAUACAUCAACUAUGAUGAUAGCAAAAGCGGAAAACAGGCAAAAGAUUAUCCUGAACCUGGAAAUUGCCCUAUUCCUCCGAGUGAAUUAGUAACAAUUCCAGAACAUGAAUCAAAGGUGGAUGAAGAUCCUCUCCACUUGAAAGAUAUGACAGAGUUUCAUGAUCUUAAAUUAUCUGACUAA